AUGGAGGCUGCCUUGUCCAGCAGUUCUGUCCUCGCAGCCACCGCCAUAGCUCUGUUGCUGGGGCUCCUCUUGCUCCGAGUGCUCCUCCGACCGAGACGACUAGGAAGGAAGAAUAGGAGAUACGCCCCCCUGGUGGGCUCCUUCUUGAACCAGAUCAUCAACUUCCGCAGAAUCCACGACUACCACACGGACCAAGCCCGCAGGUUCAAAUGUUUCAGGUUCCUCCACCCCGCCCGGAGCUACGUUUAUCUGGCCGACCCCCGCGACGUGGAGUACAUUCUCAGCACCAACUUCGACAACUACGCCAAGGUGAGGUUGGGGGAGCGGUUGGAUCAUCGAAAGAUGACUACUUAUUCCUGGAGAUGUUUCCCGACAGAAUUGGCCCCCUCCUCUAGUCCUCCUGGCUGCUGUUUGAAUCGGCGCGAGACCUGCUUCGACCUUGCAGGGCUCGUACAACCACAACAUCCUGGAGGACCUCCUCGGCGACGGGAUCUUCGCCGUAGACGGCGACCAGUGGCGCCACCAGAGGAAGCUCGCGAGCUUCGAGUUCUCUACGAGGAAUCUGAGGGAUUACAGCAGCAACACCUUCAAACGCGACGCCGCGAGGCUAGCCCAGGUCAUCUCCGCGGCGGCGAGCUCAAACCAGUCGGUGGACAUCCAAGUAAGUUUCGUGGACACGACAACGAAUCCAGGAUUUCUAUGAAGGAUGGUCAUUCACGGCGUUCCGCAGGACUUGCUCAUGAGAUCUACGAUGGAUUCCAUAUUCAAAGUCGGGUUCAGCGUGGACCUCGACACCCUCCGCGGAACAAACGAGGAAGGGUCCCGAAUGACGAAGGCGUUCGAUGAUUCCAGCGAGCAGGUUGCCUGGCGAUACGCCGACGUCUUUUGGAAGAUCAAGAGGACCCUGAACGUCGGAGCGGAGGCCGUGUUGAGGAGAAACAUCAGAGUAAUCGACGACUUCAUUUACAAGAUCAUCGACGAGAAAAUUGAACAACUGUCCCAAGAGAGGGUCGACUCGGUGGGUCUCCCCAUCCUCCAGCUCCUUCCAUCUCGAGGUUUCAAUCCCCCUGUGACCAAUUAACCUUCUGGAGACAGAUGAAGAAGGAUGACAUACUGUCGAGAUUCCUGGAGGCGAGGGAGAAGGAGCCGGACAAGAUAAGCAGAAAGUACCUGAGGGAUAUCAUUCUCAACUUUAUGGUCGCCGGCAGGGACACCACGGCGACUGCCCUUUCCUGGUUCUUGUACAUGAUGUGCAAGCACCCGAAUGUGCAGGAGAAGGUUGCGGAAGAGGUGAACGAGGCGACGAAGGGGAGCUCCCCCGGGUUGUCCAUGGCAGAGUUCACAGAGAACCUUGGGUUCGUCAACGACCUGCCAUACCUCAACGCCGCGCUGAACGAGACGCUGCGUCUCUACCCCAGCGUUCCAGCGGUGCCGUCCAACUCCACACCCUGUAGUUUACUGGUGAAAUUUUCUGACACUCAAACAAACCUUUGCGAGUAACACUUUUUGAUUGUUUUUCAAAAUGAGAAGGACAUCAAGAUGUGUUACUCGGACGACACGCUGCCGAGUGGGUUCGAUGUUAAAGCUGGGGAUGCGGUCAGCUAUCUGCCGUACAGCAUGGGCAGGCUGAAGGACCUGUGGGGCGACGACGCAGAGGAUUUCCGCCCAGAGAGGUGGCUCGACGAGGGGGGGAGUAUCCGCCAGGAGAGCCCCUUCAAGUUCACCGCCUUCCAGGUGAAACCCUCUCCCCUUUAACCUUUGUUUCUGUUGAGACUCGCUUAAUCCUUUCUGUGAAACGAAACAGGCGGGACCCCGAGUUUGUCUAGGGAAGGAUUUCGCUUACAGGCAGAUGAAGAUCAUCGCGGCCGUCCUCCUCCACUUCUUCAAGUUUGAGAUGACUGACGACGGGAAGGGCGUUCACUACCGGACCAUGAUAACUCUGCAGAUGGAGCAGGGGUUGCGCCUGCGAGCCAGCUUUAGAUCGUAG